UCUCCCGCCUCUGGGCUUCCUUGUGCGAGCCCCUGCCUGAGGAAGCGGGGAGGCGCCGCGUUCCCGCGCCCUCCCCUCAGCCAUGCCCGCCGGCGUGCCUUGGCCCACCUACCUGAAGACGGUGGCGGCCAGCAUGCUGGCCAUGUUCGCCGGCGCCGAGGUCGUGCACAGGUACUACAGGCCUGACCUUAGUAUACCUGAAAUACCUCCUAAGCCUGGAGAACUGAAAACGGAACUGUUGGGUGUAAAAGCAAAAUCAAGCAAAGUUGAGACUUCACAACCGUGACCAGAAUUUACUUAUGCUGUGAAAACUAGAACCAAUAAAAUACUUGUUCAACUGUCUGAACUGCAGAAAUCCUUAUGUGAAAUACUGUACUCCUUUAAUACUUUUUUUUAAUUUCCUUUAAGCAGAGUUAUAGGCAGCAUUAAAAAUAAAUGUACAAUGAAUACUGUUGUUAAAAGCUCAAUCAGUUAUGUGCCAAAAUGCUUAUGAUUUCUUAAUCUUGAUUGCAGUGUAAGUAUCCUUCAGAAUAAAAGAUGUAAACUCA